GACAAGGACGCGCCGUGCGUAAGGCCGCCCAAUGGCGCGCGGGCAGUGCUGCGUUUGAAUCGCGGAGCUGGCGACGUCGGGGAAGGAGCCUCGGUCCUGCUGCAGGAGAGCGGCCCUAACGGCGCCCCGAAGCUUGUGUCCCUCUAGCCCGCGGCCCCUCCGCACCCGGGCUGUCGCUCUCGCCUUCCCGGUCCCUGAUGGCGCUGCUCCGAUGCCCGACGGUGCCCAGUGAUUUGGAAAAUAUUGACAGAGGAAUUAAUUCCAAACCGAAGAGUCAUGUGACUAUCAGACGGGCAGUUUUAGAAGAAAUUGGAAAUAGAGUUACAACCAGAGCAGCAGGCGGCCGCCCCGCGAGGGCGGCGGAAGCCCCGGAGGAUGGCGUGGAGGAGCGAAGGGGAGGCUACUUCGGGGGUAGUAGUCAUACAGGUGUCACUGUGUUGGCACAGGGCCCGCCUCCCCCACCUGAGGACGUCUCCAUGAAGGAAGAGAAUCUGUGCCAAGCUUUCUCUGAUGCCUUGCUCUGCAAAAUCGAGGAUAUUGAUAAUGAAGAUUGGGAGAACCCUCAGCUCUGCAGUGACUACGUUAAGGACAUCUAUCAGUAUCUAAGGCAGCUUGAGGUUCUGCAAUCCAUAAGCCCGCGUUUUCUGGACGGGAGUGAUCUCAACGGACGCAUGCGCGCCAUCCUGGUGGACUGGCUGGUGCAAGUCCACUCCAAGUUCAGGCUGCUGCAGGAAACGCUGUACAUGUGCAUUGCCGUCAUGGACCGCUUUUUACAGACUCAUCCAGUCUCUCGUAAGAAGCUUCAGCUGGUUGGGAUUACGGCUCUGCUUUUGGCUUCCAAGUAUGAGGAGAUGUUUUCUCCAAAUAUUGAAGACUUCGUUUAUAUCACAGACAAUGCUUAUACCAGUUCCCAAAUCCGAGAAAUGGAAACUCUCAUUUUGAAAGAAUUGAAAUUUGAGUUGGGUCGACCCUUGCCCCUACACUUCUUGAGACGAGCAUCGAAAGCUGGGGAGGUUGAUGUUGAACAGCACACUUUAGCCAAAUACUUGAUGGAGCUGACUCUCAUUGACUACGACAUGGUGCAUUAUCACCCUUCUAAGGUAGCGGCGGCUGCUUCCUGCUUGUCUCAGAAGGUGCUAGACCAAGGGAAAUGGAGCUUCAAGCAGGAAUAUUACACGGGCUACACAGAGAAGGCAGUACUAGAAGUGAUGCAGCACAUGGCCAAAAACGUAGUGAAAGUCAACGAGAACUUAACGAAAUUCAUCGCCAUCAAGAAUAAAUACGCGAGCAGCAAACUCCUGAAGGUCAGCACCAUUCCUCAGCUGAACUCCACAGCCAUCAGAGACCUCGCUGCCCCUCUGCUGGGCAGGUCCUAGGCCACCUCGGUGCUCGGGCUGCUGACUCUCGACUUUGUACAUAGUCCUCGGGUCUGUUUCCUGCAACCU